UUAUUCGACAGCUUUCCGGAAGAGGGAAUUCAAAUCGAGCAGGGCGCACUUGUCUGCAGAGGAGUUUCUAAACACAAACAAUGCAGAGACCGGGCAAAGGGAAAACUCCUCGGAGGCCGGGCCCAAAAAAGCCUUCCAGCGUAGAGAAGGAUCCUGUUGGAGUAUACUGCCGUAUCCGUCCUCUAGGAGCCGAAGAUGAGGAAUGUUGUAUUGAGAUGAUCAGCAGCUCCACGAUUCAGCUUCACCCUCCUGAUGGUCUUAAAGCAAACCGCAAUGGAGAAUACAAAGAGACGCAGUACUCCUUUAAGAAAGUAUUUGGUAUAAAUACCAGUCAAAUUGAGUUGUUUGAGGAUGUUGCCAAGCCUCUGGUGGAAGACCUCAUUCAUUCCAAGAACGGUCUGCUCUUUACAUACGGUGUUACUGGAAGCGGUAAGACGUUCACCAUGACUGGCUCACCUGGGGAAGGCGGAUUACUCCCUCGUAGUCUGGACAUGCUCUUCAACAGCAUCGGACCCUGGCAGGCCAAACGAUUUGUGUUCAAACCUGAUGACAAAAAUGGAAUGGAGAUCCAGAAUCAAGUUGAUGCUCUCCUAGAGAGACAGAAGCGGGACAGUCAGCAGUCCGUGCCCAAAACGCCAUCAUCCAGGCAGAAGGCAGAUCCAGAGAUUGCAGAUAUGAUCAGCUCAGAAGAGGCAUGUAAAUCUGACAAUGUGGAUGAAGACUGCUGUUACAGCGUCUUCGUUUCCUACGUCGAGGUCUACAACAAUUAUAUCUAUGAUCUCCUCGAAGAUGCUCCAUUUGACCCAAUCAGACCUAAACCACCUCAAUCCAAACUUCUCCGAGAGGACCAGAAUCACAACAUGUAUGUUGCCGGCUGCACAGAGGUCGAAGUGAAAUCCACAGAGGAGGCUUUUGAAGUGUUUUGGAAAGGGCAAAAGAAAAGGAGGAUAGCCAACACUCAACUAAAUCGUGAAUCCAGUCGCUCCCACAGUGUGUUCAUGGUGAAAUUAGCCCAGGCUCCGCUUGAUGCUGAUGGGGAUCACAUUCUACAGGACAAAAACCAGGUGAACGUGAGCCAGCUGUGUUUGGUGGACCUGGCAGGCAGCGAGCGCACCAGCAGAACCCGGGCAGAGGGAAGCCGUCUCCGUGAAGCAGGAAAUAUUAACCAGUCCUUGAUGACACUGCGCACAUGUAUGGAAGUCCUGCGUGAAAACCAGAUGUGUGGAACUAAUAAGAUGGUGCCAUACAGGGACUCUAAAGUUACACACCUGUUUAAAAACUACUUUGAUGGAGAAGGAAAAGUCCGGAUGAUUGUGUGUGUCAACCCAAAGGCUGAUGAUUAUGAUGAAACUAUGCUGGUGAUGCGUUUUGCUGAGAUGACCCAGGAGGUGGAGAUUGCUCGGCCAGUUGACCGGCCUAUCUGUGGCCUUGCUGCUGGACGCAGACACAGAAACCAGGUCUUCAGAGAUGAGCUGUCACGUCGCCUAGAAGAGAGGGAAGGUCCGAAUAAUGCCGAUGACCAAAGUUUAAUGAGUCAGCUCAUAGAAAGCCUUCCAGCCCUCCCUCCCUGUGAGCUGGCUGACCCAGCUGAUGAUAUGACGUUGCCCCGCCUGAUUGAGGUCCUGGAAAGGAGGCAUCGAAUCCGUCAGAUGAUGACAGAGCAGUUCGACAAAACCGCCACUACUCUGAAAUCCAUGAUUCAGCAGUUUGACAGUCAGCUUAAUGCAAAGGAGAACUUCCUUCAUGACCAACGAAGCAAACUGAGUGAGAAAGACAAAGUCAUCAUCAACCAGAGAGCGGAGUUAGAACGACUAGAAAAAAAAUCCAAAACAUUAGAAUAUAAGGUCGAUAUCUUGCAGAAGACUACGGACAUGUACGAACAGGACAAACGCUCCCUUCAGCAGGAGCUGGAGACCCGGGAGCAGAGGCUGCAUAGAGAGCUGUCAGAGAGGAGGCGCAUGGAGCAGCGCAUGCAGGGGGUGAUGACAGACACCAAGCUCAAGUGGGAGAAGGAGUGUGAGAGGCGAGUAAAUGCCAAGCAGAUGGAGAUGCAGAACAAGUUGUGGGUGAAGGAUGAAAAGCUGAAGCAGCUCAAGGCCAUAGUGACGGAAAGUGGCAGUGGGGGUGUUGGCUUUCCCGUCGAGCGCCAAGAGAAGCCUGAGAGGCCUUCAAGAGAGAGGGAUCAGAAGAGGUCUGCCUCGCCGUCGUCACUUCCUGACAUCAGCCAAACUCCUUCCAACCAAAAUCGAGCCAAUGUCAGGGCUUUUCAGGACCUUUACCCCACACCUUCCUCCUCUUCAGCCUAUCCUUCUGUAGCCUCUUGCAUCUCUGAAUGGGAGCACAGGGUCCCUGUAGACUCAAGCAGCAGAGCUAGGCAUGUUGGGACUCCGCAAUACAGGAGCCGGACUCCCUGCCAAGGCACCAGCAGCGUGGGUCGCAGGAGAGGCCAGCUCUGGGCCCCUGACUCUGAGGCCCCAGCUACGACUCUUGUCUAUGGGUUAGACCUAGAAGCAGGCACAAGGACGUCCACUCCGGUUCAUCUGACGCACAGGCGCUCACACUCUGCGGGUGGGGAGAAAUGGGUAGACCACAAACCAACUUCUAAUUUGGACCUAGACACAGUCAUGCAGCCAAUCAUACCCAAUGCAAUCAAAGUGUCGGCCCCCAACGAGAAAGCUCUGUCUAAAUGCCAAAAGUAUGUGCUUAGACAUCAAGAGCUUGCCUCUGACGGGGAGAUCGAGACCAAGUUGAUCAAGGGCAAUGUGUUCAAGACCAGAAGUGGUGGACAAGCUGUUCAGUUCACUGACAUUGAGACACUGAAACAAGAGUGCCCAACAGCAUCAAGUCGCAAGAGGCGUUCAGGGUCUGGAGAGGGACCAGCUCAUAUCGACGACAUAGAAAACAGGGCUCCAGUGACAAGCACAAGUUCAAUCCAUGGCUAUCAAAAACGGAGAAAACCUUGAGCUCCUAGACAACUGAAGGACUUUUUUUUUUUUUGUCUGACUAUUGGAUCAGUGAAGGGACCUCCAUAUGAAACUAUGCAUCCUUUUGGGAGUCUGAACACUCUUUCUCGGAUCUUAUGACAAACUAUUAUAGUGCAAUUAUAAUUUAAUCAAAGCUGUUUUGAUACUGUGCUGGACUAGUGCGCUUUCUUUUUUAUGAAUGCUGGUAUUAUUCAAUCUUACAGACAGGGAAAUAUUUAAAAGCCCAAUAUAAAUAUUCCUUGAAAAGGAAAUGUUUUUUUCACCUAAUCUUUUUCACUGCUUUUUACUGCUACCCAAAGAUUAGAAUAUUUGAGCCCUAGAACAAUAGAAAAUGUAUAUUUUUUUAGUGUUACUGCUUUUUUUUCUUGCUUUUUUCGAUAGGAUUAUUCAUUUAUUAGAUGUUAAACUUAGAACAUAUCUGAUUAUAAAAAAGAGAAAAGUACAACACU